CCUCCACGGGAGACAGCAGGGAAGGAAGCGAGAAGCUCGCGAGUGGGCGGGUGACACAAUGUAGCUGGUCCAGGAGGAGGGACACCAGGAGGGGCCUGGGUCUCCAAGUCUGAGUAGCUGGACCCCGGCUACCGAAACUAAAGAGGCGCCGCAUCUCUGCUGCAUACAGCGAAUGCAGAUCGGCUUGGCCACGACCAGCGCAGUGGGGUCGCCACAUGGAGGUGCAGCUCAGGGUCCCCCAGAGAGCUCAGAGCCACCCGCACCCAAUGCCCCUGCGCCUCAGUCUGGGCUGCGCGCUCCCGAGACGCUGCUUCCGCUGCGCUCCGCUCCCAGGCCCGGGCUCGGGAUACCCCGACCCUCCGCGGCUCCUCCAGCCUGGCUGCAGCGGAGGCACGCGAUCGCGUUCCAGGAUUCAGCCCCCAAAUCUGCGCGGGACGGAGCGGUGGGCGCUGACCGUGUUGGGGGUCCAGGGCGAUGGGAAUCAGGGCGGUGCGCAGGGCAGGUUCCACCCCUAGGAGCUCCAGGAACGCGGGGCGUGGCCUGCCCAGAGCUGAGACACAGCGCCCUCCUCGCGCCGUGGCGAAGUUGUGCGAAAAGUUUGAGGCCAGAGGGAGGGAUCCCUGGGAGUCACUGCCAACCCAGUGCUCAGUUGUCCGUGUUUGCGGGGCCGCCACACGCCACUAUAGGGACCGGCAUGGGCGCCUUCCCGAGCACACCAGACAGACUGGGUAGGGACGCCCUCCCUGCCCUCCGGUGGCUGAUAGAGCCUGAGCUGCUCGCCUUCGUGAGGCCCCGGGGGACGGCCACACAGCCAGCCUGCGGCUUUCGUGUUCACUCGCGCUCUGGAAGUUGUGGGUCCCGCUUUGCUCCCACGCGCGCAGGACGCAUCCCGGCUGAACCGACCCUUGGAGAUGCGCGGCGCCCGGGCUCAGCCUAGGAAGGGGACGCAGCGUCUGGGCUGACUGGGACACACACAGUUCUUUGUCCCAGAUCCAGCGCCUCUCAAAGUCCGCUAGGGGAUUUUGACGCAACUGGACCCUCCACCAACAUCGAAGGGUGAAGAGAUGGCGGGUCGGAGGGAGCCGCGGAUCUGGCCGCCUCCGAGAAUGAUGCGGGUGCUCUCCCAGCCCUGGCUCCGGGCGGAGAGGGUGAGCCCCACAGUCAGUCGCCCGACGCCCUCCUGGGCAGCACCGAUAACGAGCUGAAGGCAGGAGCCGCCGUUACCUCGAGCAGUGCCGGGACAGCACCGGUGGCCUCCUGGCAGAGGGAGCCCCGAGACGGGGCUAUGGAUCCAGGUUUGUGGGGUACAUGGCUGGGAAAGGCUAAAGGGGAUCCCCUUUCCCUAGAAGUGUUGGAGCACAUAAAGAAGGCUGGGGACGCUGGAGAGAAACAAUGCCCUUAUUGGGCCAGGAGUCAGCUGGCCCUGAGCCAAGGAAAGAGGAAUGGGGUGUCUCACCCCCCC